AAUUUCACUACCAAAUAUUGAACAAUGGAUUUGAAAAAAACAACCCUCAUCCUUGGCCUUUUGGCUAUGGUUCUUAUGAUUUCCUUUGAGGUCUCAGCUAGGGACUUAACAGAGAUUUCCUCUAAUACCGAAAAGGAUGUUGCUGAAAAGAAAAAUGAAGUAACUGAUGCCAAUUAUGAUGGAUUUAAUGGUGGUGGUAAUUACGGCAAUGGUGGUGGUUACCCUAGUAACGGCGGUGGUAACUACGGUCACGGUGGUGGUAAUUACGGCAAUGGCGGUGGUAAUUACGGUCACGGUGGUAAUGGUGGCGGUAAUUACGGCAAUGGUGGUGGUAAUUAUGGUCAUGGUGGUGGUAAUUAUGGUCACGGUAGUAAUGGUGGCGGUAAUUACGGCAAUGGCGGUGGUAAUUAUGGUCAUGGUGGCGGUAAUUACGGUCACGGUGGUAAUGGUGGUGGUAACUACGGCAAUGGCGGUGGUAGUUACGGCAAUGGUGGUGGUAACUAUGGUCAUGGUGGUGGUAAUUAUGGCAAUGGCGGUGGUAAUUAUGGCCACGGCGGUGGUAAUUAUGGUCAUGGUGGUGGUUACCCCGGAAAUGGAGGUCAUGGUGGUGGUUACCCCGGAAAUGGUGGUCACGGCGGUGGUCACGGUGGACAUGGAGGAGGAUAUGUUGGGGAAGCUACUGAUGUGCAAAGAGAGGACAAGACUCUUAACUGAUCAAUAUCAUCAUCAUUAUGCACUUUCUUACUACUUUCAUAAAAUAAAAUUUCAUCAAUAAGAAGUGUACUGUUGAGUAAGAGAGGUAUAAAUAGGUAGAUAGCAAUCUGUGAUGCCACUAUAUUAAUAUUUCACAAUGUAUUGUCUAAAUAUAAUCCACGUCAUAUUUCAAAUACCAUCUAAGUCAAUACUUUCUUACCACAUAUAUAUAUAUAUAUAAUAUUAAC